GAUGAAACGUGCUGUCCUUGUGCAAGCUGUGGUUAGUUACUUGACAUGUUGUAACAAACUUUGUUUCCUGUUAAACAUAGCAAAAAAAUAGGCCAAAUGCAUCGUGUUCAACGACUCGUUCGGUCUUUUCCAUCGUUAAACCUGAAGCUAGAAGUGGACACAUGUCAGCGACGAGCUGACCUGGUGCUUCCUGGACUGAGAUAUGAUGACAUGGAUAUUACAGGAAGGCCUGAUGUCUUGCGUGUUUACAAAAUGAUGACAAGAGUGGAGCUGGCGGCAUUCUAUAAUGAAAUUCCAUAUUUGGACAUGAAUGAGUUAAAUAACAAGAACAUAGCCACGGUUACAAAAGCCUCCCAGAUUGAAAUGAGGAGAGAGUUUUAUGACAAGACUGUGGCCAAAGCACCGCUGGCAGUGAAUCUUAGACUUGUUUACGUGGGAGACACAUCGUUUGUCACUCUUACAGAUUUCUCCUGUGGUGGAAGAAUGAAACCAUCUGUCAAGGUCACCAAUGUACAUUCUUUUACCGACAGCCACACGAACAAGGUGAUACCAGUUCCUGAUUGGUGGAGAGCAAAAUUCGACUACGAUCUUCAAGAUCAUCCUCCAAUCAUAGAUCCUUUGAGCGUGUCACUUAAUGCUAGAACACGUAGCUGUUUGUUCACUGUUCCACACAGUGACACAAAUGCUGAAGGGCGCACGCGCUGUGCAGCGUACAUGAAGUAUUUCCUGGAUGCAGCUAGCAUAGCAGCUCACCAAGGAUUCUUCGAUUCAAUAACAAAUAGUGCGGACAUACAAAAUCAGCCAAUCAGGAGGAUCAGUAUGUUGUACACAGCUGCCAGCCAGUGGGGUGACACCUUGACGACGAAAAUAUGGGAAGAUGUUGUCAAAGAGGAAAUAUUGUGUAACGUGUCGAGAGACGAAGAACUCUUGUGGGCAGCCAGUUUAAAAUAUCACAAGAAAGAAACAGAAAUAUGAUAUUGUUCAUAGAAGGAGCUAUUCUUUUUAGGACUAUUAUCAGUAUUAGAGAAGGGACACUUUCUAUACUGCAGAUUCUAGUGCUGAAAAUUCGCUGAGACCACUGUGGGUUUCAAACCACCGACCUCAGAGUCAGGCACAAAAUCGCCAGCAAUACAGGUCAACCAUCUAGUGCUAUAUUCAGAAAGUGUAAAUCCCUAAUAAAAAUAAUACUGCUACUUAAAAUCCACUUACUAAGUGACAUCUAUACCAGCCUGUUCAUGACUGUUUUCUCCCUGGGGUAAAACAGUUGGUCAUAUCCCACGUUUAAGUAUUCAGGUUUAAGCUUGAGUAGGCAUCUUUUUCUGGUGUACUGUUCUUAUAAAGCACUUGACCAUCAAAGUGCGGUACAUAUCACAGGAACAAAAAGUAUGUGCACAUUGGAACAGAAAAAUAGGCUGUACAACUUGGACCUUAAUAGCUUGGGGUGAAAAGUUUGCCCCUUAUAAGGCAGAAAAUACUGAAUUUCUGGUGAAGUGCUUCUGAAAUACAAA